CACUGAGCCUCCAAUACAGACAGCGAUCAACACACCAGGAAUUAUUACUUAACGGCUGAACACAGUAUUAUUUAUCAACUUUAAGGUUUUCAAUGGCGUUUUCAAAUGUGAAGUUACAUGUUGUUGUGUUGGUUCUGGUUCUUCUUUACACAGAAGUCACAACUGCGAUGCAAGUGACGUCGACGGGACCUCAAACCAUUCACAAAGCCAAAGGGGAGACAGUCACAAUGGGCUGCACCUACUCACCAGGAGCGCAGGACACAGGGGAGCUGGACAUAGAGUGGUACAAUCUCAAUCCAGAUAUGACACAGAAAGAUUCACUGAUCUUAUCGUACACAGGAGACAAGACGCAUUACUACGGGAACUGGGAUAUUAAAGACAGACUCAAGUUUAUUGCAGACCCAAAAAAUGGUGACGCCUCAGUUUCCCUGUCCAACUUACACUCUUCAGACACAGCCACAUAUCAGUGCAAAGUGAAGAAAGCACCUGGAGUCGACACCCGCAAAGUCACUCUGGUAGUGAUGGUUCCCCCUUCAAGACCUAAGUGUUGGGUUGAAGGCGGUGAAGAGAAAGGCAGCACAGUGUCCCUGCGCUGUAAGGCCCCGGAGGGCUCUAUACCACUCACUUAUUCAUGGACAAGAGAGUCAGACGGGCCCAUGCCCCCAACCGCCACCCAAGACUAUUCCACCGGGGUGCUGUUGAUAAAAAACCACACAGACAGCUAUGUCGGGACCUACGCGUGUGUGGUGAAGAAUGCCGUGGGGUCAGGACAGUGUAAAUAUGUACUGCGCGCAUACAACCCGACCAAUAGAGUGGGUAUGAUCGUGGGGGCUGUCAUAGGUGCUCUCCUGCUCCUCCUGCUGCUCCUGCUGCUCAUAUGGCUGCUCAUCUGCUGCUGCAACAAGAGGAGAUAUGAAAAAGAGCGAGCCAAUGAAAUCAGGGAGGACGCCCAAGCCCCAGAAAGCCGUCCCACCAGCAGAGCCACCAGUAUGCGCUCUGUCCUGAGCUACCACACGCACCAUGGGGUCCAGUACAGCAAUGUAAGGAACCCCCAAUCCAGCGAGUCUGCACCAAAUGCCAUCUACACAGGAGGCUCUCUCAAAGACUCACAGCGCUCCAACAGAGUCCCAAACCACACACACUCCCUCAAAUAUGACCCCCAAUAUGGAUACCCUGUCUGAGAGCACUGCAGAGGACUUUACUGUCACACUAAGCUAUGGAGUAUUGAGAUGUACAGAACAAUGUUUUAUGUAUUUGUAAAUGUGCAAUUUGUAUAUAAAAUGUCUGUGAAAUGUCUCAGAAGAGGUAUUACAAUAUUUUUGCUUAAACUGUAACUAAUGUGUAAAUAGUUUGGUGCCUUUUAUGCAUUUCUUAAUCAGAGAUGGAUAAUACAGUGUUUUAAUAAACAUGUUGUUUAUGG